UGCGCUUGAGUAAACUUUGCUUUAGUUGGCAUGUGACAGCAGGAUUUCGAUCUCAUCAGCUAUCAGUUGACGCUUUAUAUGGACGAUGAACGGUGUAUGUAGCUGGUUGUAAUGACGGAUUAUUGGCUUUAAUGCCCGCAAGUUGCACGACACCAUGGCGGCGAUUUACGAUGGAGAUACGGCCAAGCUUGUCGAACGUGAAAAGGUCCCUGUCAAGAACGGCCAAGAAGGAACAUUCAGGACCAAGAUUGGCAUCGCCCUGACCUGCAUAGGAUGUAUGGUGGGUACCGGCAACAUAUGGCGGUUCCCCCGCAUCCUAGCUAACAACGGCGGCAACAGCGGCUGUCUACAAUUCCUAAUGGUAUGGCUCCUAUUCCUCUUCAUCUGGUCCAUACCCAUGCUGAUCAUUGAGUACGCCGUGGGGCGCUACACCAAACGGUCCACGAUCGUCUCCUUCCAACGGAUGAUUGGCGACAACAACAUGUGGGGCGGGGCCUGGAUCGCCAUGGUGACACUGGGCAUAGCUGCGUACUACUCCGUAAUUGUGGGCUGGUGUCUCUACUAUCUCUUCCAUUUCAUGGUCAACGAACUCCCGACGACAUCUGUCGAAAGCAACCUCAUAUUUUAUAAUUUUGUCGAGGAUUCUUGGUGGCCCGUGCUCUGCCAUUUUGUCGCCAUCCUCUUCGGCGCCGUCUCGGUGGCCUGGGGCGUCAAGAGCAUCGAGUUGGCCAACUGCAUCAUUGUGCCCAUCUUCCUCCUACUCCUACUCUUCACGUUCAUCUGGACCAUGACGCUGGAGUACGCCGGACGGGGGCUGCAGUUCAUGUUCUCGCCCGAUUGGGCUCAGUUCAAGGAACCUCGGAUGUGGGUGGACGCCAUUACCCAGAAUGCAUUUGACACCGGGGCCGGUUCGGGGCUGUUCGUAUCCUACGCCGCUUUCAUGACCGCGCAAAACGGGAUCGUGCGCUACGCCACCCUAGUGCCUAUCUGCAACAAUGUUAUCAGUCUUUUCUGUGGAAUGCUGACCUUUUCCACGGUUUUUGCGACGGAAGUCAAGAAUGGGUCAUCAACGGAGGAAAUCGUUGCGCUUCUGAAAGAGAACGGACCGGGAAAUACAGGCCUUACUUUUGUUUGGAUGCCGAUUCUUUACAACCAAAUCAACGGUGGCCGCGUCUUGACGGUGAUUUUCUUUUUUUCGCUCCUGCUUGCGGGCUUCAGUUCCCUUGUGGCACAGCUGGAGUUGUUUGUCCACAACGUCAAAGAUUUUGGAGUAUCGAGAAAGAAGGCAACGCUAGCCGUGACCGUUUUGGUGUUUCUUCUGGGCCUGGGGUCUGCUCUUAGCCUGGACUUUCUCGUUAACCAGGAUUUUGUCUGGGGUUUUGCGCUUCUUCUGUCAGGGAUGGCCUUGCAGUAUCUGGUUAUCCGCUUCGGCGCCAAACGUUUCCGCCAAGAACUGGCCAACAAUUUCAGCGAGAGCGACUGGCCGCUACCUGUUAUCUGGGAAUGGAUCGUAAAAUUUAUUGCACCGUUGGAGGCUGUAGCGCUGAUUAUCUGGUGGAUCGUCACGACGAUACAGGAGUCCAAUCCCUGGUAUGGUUUUUCUAACGAGAGUUUCAUGAUCACGAUCGUACAGUGGAUUGGCUUUUUCGGUCUUAUACUACUCUUGAAUUUGCUGUACGUGAAGUUCAUCAAACGUUUCGCCCCUAUACCAAACGACGACAUUGCGUUACCCUUGCCAGCAUCAGACGGCACAGACAAGGGAUCUGAGGGAAGGUACAAGACGUUCAACGAAGAAACACCACAGUGAUCAUGUGAUGUACUUUUAGUGGGUCCGUGCAUGAACGUGCGAGGGCCCCCUUAGGGCACUAGCUUAGUGAACGAACAAUCUGCUGAUAACUCAUUGAAAUACUUUGAAAUGGAAAUUCAGGGAACCAGUGAAAUGCUAUAUUUAAUGUGCCAUUUUGGCUGGUAACCCUUUUAGCUUUCUUUAUGCAGUAUUGGACAGUAAUUAGGUCCAAAAUGCCAGUACUCUUAAAGGUAUCGCAAUUUCAAAAAUGGCGUUUAAAUCUGAUAUAUAACUUUAAAAUAGUUUUGUGUCUUCCAAAAAUUGUGUGAGAGAGGUUGGUAUAUAUCCAAAGCAAACGAUUUUAUUCUGAAAUGUAGGAAAAUGCAAUAAAGUUUUACUUAAACCAAAUGCCUGAAAGAAAUGCAAUGUACCAGGGGCGUAGCAAGGUCAUUUUUAUUGGGGGGGGGGGAGUUUGUGAAAAAAGGCUAGUACAUCUGUGCAGAAAUAUAGACGGUUUUUUUCUCUGGACUCUUGGCCUCC